UGGUACCUCCCUGUGUACGCAGCUCACUGUCGUGCAGGUGUUUUGCAUAAGGGAGCUCCUCGCUUUCGCCUUAACGGUGUGCCAGACGCUACCUUAAGUCAUGGCUGACCAGGUGGCCGCCAUGUGUGAUCAGCUAAUCAAAGCCCUGAAUGUGAUGAUGGAUGCAGAAACAGGCCAAAUUUUCCGACUGGAGGCCCUAAAGUUUUGCGAGGAGUUUAAAGAGACGAGCUCCUUCUGUGUCCCAUGUGGCUUACAAUUGGCUGACAAAGCCCAGCCAGCUGUUGUGAGACACUUUGGUUUGCAAAUCCUGGAGCACGUCAUCAAGUUCCGAUGGAACAACAUGCAACAAAGAGAGAAAGUCCAGUUGAAGGAAUGUGCCAUGCAGCUGUUAUCAACUGGUACUCAUGCUAUCCUGGAGGAGGAGAGCCACAUCAAAGAUGGCCUGUCACGAAUCACUGUGGAAAUGAUAAAGAGAGAAUGGCCUCAACAUUGGCCAGAUAUGCUGAAAGAGAUGGAAGCUCUCACUAGCAGUGGCGAGGCGCAGACAGAGCUGGUGAUGUUGAUCCUGCUGAGGCUGGCAGAGGAUGUGAUAACCUUCCAAACGUUGCCUACCCAGCGACGCAGAGACAUCCAGCAGACACUCACCCAAAACAUGGAAAGCAUCUUCAGCUUCAUGAUGGCCAUUCUGCAUGUUAAUGUGGAGGACUACCGUAAACUGAAAGGGUCACCCGGACAUGAACUGCAGGCCAGAGCUCACUGUCGGGUUGCUGUGGCUACACUGAAUACACUUGCAGGCUACAUAGACUGGGUGUCUCUGGUGCACAUCACCUCCGGAAACUGUCAUCUACUGGAGAUGUUGUGUUUGCUGCUGAGUGAACCGGAGCUGCAGCUGGAGGCAGCAGAGUGUCUGCUCAUUGCUAUCAGCCGGAAGGGUAAGCUGGAGGAUAGGAAGCCAUUCAUGCUGCUGUUUGAUGAUGUGGCCAUCCACUACAUCCUUUCUGCAGCCCAGUCAGCAGAUGGACUCGCAAUAUGUAAGAAAUCCUCUGACUCACAAGCAGUGGAGGUGGUGGAGCGGCGUUACAUGUUUCUGAAGAGGCUGUGUCAAGUCCUGUGUGCUCUAGGAGGCCAGCUCUGCUCAUUAGUGGGUUCAGAUGUAGAGGUUAAGGUACCUGCAAAUCUCAGCAAGUACAUGGAAGCCCUUUUAGCCUUCACUACACAUUCCAGUCAGUUUUUAAAGUCCUCCACUCUGGCUACUUGGGGAGCUUUGUUCAGACAUGAGACUCUGUCGAAGGACGCGGUUGUUGUGGAGAUGGCCAUCAAAUUCCUCAGAGCGUCUAUGACCAACCUAGUCAAGGCUGGAUUUCCUUCUAGAAACGAUAACCCAAGUUGCGAGUACUCCUGUGUGGACUUCGACGGCGACGAGGACUUCAAUUCCUUCUUUAAUUCUUUUCGAGCGCAGCAGGGAGAGGUGGUGAGAAUUACGUGCCGCAUUGUCCCUCUGGAGGCUUUCCAGAUAGCAGCAGAAUGGCUACAGUAUCAGAUCAGCAGCCCUAUUGAUACCGGGACUACCACAUCUAAGACUGCUGAGGGCCUGUGCUCCCUCCUGUCUCCAUCAGUGAUCCAGUGGGACGCUAUGACCGUCUUCAUGGAGUGUAUGGUCGCACAGAUCUUCAAACAUCUGGAGGAGGAGAAGUUGCCCAUAGAUCAUAGCAUGGAGCUGCUGCAGGCCGUGCUGAACUACGACACCAAAGACCCGCUCAUCUUGUCCUGCGUGCUCACCAACGUCUCUGCCCUCUUCCCAUUUGUCAUACACAGACCGCACUUCCUGCCACAGGUCCUCUCCAAGCUGUUUAAAGCCAUCACAUUUGAGGUUGGUCAGGAAAGAAAGGCACCUCGGACCCGAUCUGUAAAGAACGUGAGGAGGCACGCCAGUUCUUCCAUCAUCAAAAUAUGCCGGGAUUACCCACAGUUCAUCUUGCCUUGUUUUGACAUGUUUUACAAUCACGUGAAGAAGCUGUUCUCGAGCGAAGCCUCGCUCACUCACAUGGAGAAAUGUUCGCUGAUGGAGGCUCUGGUGCUCAUCAGUAACCAGUUCAAAGACUUUGAUAAGCAGAAGGCUUUUCUAGAUGAACUGAUGGCUUCAGUGGUUGCAGAUUGGACCUCGGAUGAGAUGAGGCAUGUGCUGUCGGACCCGGUCGUGUUCCUGUCCUUUGUUGGCGCUGAUCAGGUGGUCACUGAGCAAAGUAAAGACAUUGACACAGCGGGCCUGCAUAGGGGACGGUUGAGUUUCUGCUUGAACGCUAUGUUGGGGGUGGUGAAGCGGGCACGCUGGCCUGCAGACCUGGAGGAAGCCAAGGCUGGUGGCUUUGUGUCGGGCUACACCACCACAGGAGGUCCCAUCUACAGAAACCCCUGCACUGCCCAGUUCCUGGUCUUACUGCCCAACGUGCUGGCUCUGAUCAGGACUCACAACAGUCUGUUCACACCAGAGAACAUGACUCGUCUGAGUGAGACCUUCUCCAGAGCCCAUGAGGUGAUGGAUGCAGAGAAAACAUUGGUUCUUGGUCUCUAUCACCACCUUCUGGAUAUUUAUGACUCUACUGUGUACAGAACCAACCUAGAGCGAAUGCAGGGAUUUUUUACCACAUUGUAUGACAACUGCUUCCAUGUCCUGGGAAAUGCAGGUCUGUCCCUGCAGCAGGACUUCUACACCAUUGAGAGGUUGAGUGAAGAAAUAGCCGCCUCUGCUUUUGUCUCCCUCGACCAUGUGCCUGACCACAGACUCCGCCCUAUGAUUCGGGUGUUUCUGAGGCAGUUGGUGCAAUCGUGUCCUCAGGAGUACUACAACAGUCUACUCUGCCCCCUGCUGGGACCUCUGUUUGCCUACAUGCACCAGAGACUCAACGUCAAGUGGCAGGUCAUCAACCAGAAGACCUCUGCCAAUGAUGAUGAGGAGGAGGUGGUGUGUCAGGAGAGCCAGGUGACGCAGGAGAUGUUGGAGGAGCAGAUAGUACGCCUGCUCACCAGGGAGGUGCUGGAUCUUCUGACUGUGAGCUGCAUUUCCAAAAAGCUGCCUGAACCAGCAGCAAAUAAGGAGGAAGCAGAUGAGGAAGACAUGAUGAUGGAUUCAGUGCAGACGCCGACUCCAGCACAGCCCACAGAGGAGCUGACUGAGCUGGGAAAAUGCCUGAUGAAACACGAGAACAUCUACAUGAACCUGUUGACCCUCUCCUUCACCUCUCUGUCGUGGAAGGACACCACCAACUGUCACCGCACUGCUUCCAUGGUCUGCUGGACACUUCUGCGGCAGGUCGUAGGGGGUAAUCUUCUUCCUGAGGCGGUCACAUGGUUUUAUACCAGUGUUCUUAGGGGCCUUCAGGUUCACGGGCAGCAUGAGGUCUGCAGCUCUACCCUCUCUCAGCUGGCCAUGCUCAUCUAUGAAAAUCUGCGACCUCGCUACCCAGAGCUGAGAGCAGUGAUGACCCAGAUCCCGAACAUCAGUGUGGAGGCUCUGGAUCAGUUUGAUCACAGGCUUAUGGACCCCAAUGCCCAGAAGGUUGGAGACAAGAAGAGGAAAGACCAGUUCAGGAAGCUCAUUGCAGGAACUGUUGGGAAAGCUCUGUGCCAGCAGUUCAGGAAGGAGGUUCAUAUCCGGAAUCUUCCAUCGCUCUUUAAAAAGCCGAAGCCAGACAAGGAUGUAAUACAGAACAGUGAAGCAUCAGGCCUGGAAGCUCUCUUCUCCCCGGAGAAUAAUACCCUGUAGGAAAACAUAGUGUUUCUAAUGGACUUCAAACUGACUGAAGACAGAGUUAUGUGUACAAGCCAGGGUUUCUCUCACCAUCCUCCGGCUGGGGCAGUGCGGCGGCUCUACCUAACAUAACUGUCAACACUCCUGUUUUUCAGUUGGCUCAUCUUUUAGUUCAACCAUUUAUUUCAGCCAAAGUAUCUUUCCAUCAGUCAUUUGAGAUAUGGACAUCUGUAGUAAAUAUUUCAGAAGUCGGUUUUUUGUUUGUCAGAUUAUGUUAAGAGUCUUAAAAUAGCAGACUUGCCAUUUACAUUUGCUCUGCAGCAGAAGCUUUAUUAAUCCACAAAGCUAUGUUCUUGUAAAGGGGUGGAGACCUUUUGUAAACUUCAGAGGUUAGUGUUGGCAGAUAUGUUGUGUGGCCACGCUGCUGCGGUCUAGGCCGGUAAAGAAGAAGAAAAAUCUUGGACAAAUCCUGGUACACAUUUCUUUAUUUACUGUGAUUUCCUUUGACUUGACAAGCUUGAAUGAAGUCUCUGAUUCUGAAGGAUACUGAAGGUACCUCAGGUGCGACGUUCCCUAAAAAAGGGAGAAGAUGCUUUAUGGAAAAUACCCUAAGAAGAAAAAAAAAAAAAAAAAAGGUAGCUGGAGUGUGUUUUAAGAGUGGUUAUUGUAGAUAUAAUUAUGAAAAACAGUUUUCUAGUGUGUAGAUCUUACACAGAAGUUGGUUUAGGCAAUGAUGUUUUGUUAGUUCUUCAUAUCGGCACCAUUUAAACAGCCCAAGUUUUUUUUACUUGUUUAUUUAAAGCAGAGCAUGUAUCAUACUACAAAUAAUGCAGCCAAAUGAUGUGCCAAAACACUCACGGUAAACCUCACUAGAUAAUGUCUGAAAAUGAAAACCUAAUGAGAUAACGUUCAUAAAGAUCAUUUAAGGGUGGACUCAACAACUAAUGUGUAGCUUAAUCCAAGUCUUUCUGUUGUUUUCUAUCUGUUCAGUUGGUGAUGAUAUUCAGUUUUUCACAUGUUUUGUGUUUGGACUGGUUUUGCCGGCCAUAAGAAAAAGAUGAACCAGCACUACAUUCCUCCAUUGUACAAGGGAUUGUUUUUAAGCAUAAUUUGAUGGCUGUAUUGUGCUCUUAUGGAGCUGCCAUGAUAGAUAGUGAUUUGUUCAGUGUUGUGUAGAAUCUGACCAAAAAUAAAUAAUGACAUGUAUUUUGGCUUGGAGUGAGCCCCCUUUAAAUGCAUAAACACUGGUCUGCAGUUCAGAUGACAUUGUCUAGGAAACGGGUUCACGUCAUACUGACCCAAUAAUAGGAACAUUUAUGAAGCUUGAAAUCCACUGUCUUUGUGAUUGUUUGUUCACAUGUGGUCAUUUUAAAAAACAAAAUGCUUGUUCAACACUAAAAUGUUCUGUACAAAGGAGAAAAUAGCCUUUUUAAAAGUGUAGUGUGGUUUAUAUUUUUUUGUUUUUAAAUAAAUAUUGAUUUAACUUUGU